ACUAGGAAUAAUUCCAUUAAACCCUCUGCACUAUAACUCUCACCCUUUCUCUGUCAACUAUAGUCUAACUUCUCUAAUGCAGGAACUGCUUGGAGUCAUUUGAACUUUAUACUUCUAUCAACGAAACGAAUACAAUCAGAAUUCUCAUAUUUAGUUCACAAUGUCGCAAAUGUCACCGUGUCAGAGGUGACCUUACAGUGCAAAGAGUUGAACGUAUUUCUCCACAAUUCAACUGACAACCGUGUCCACCUAACAGAACGACAAAUAUACACGGUGGACAGGAAUUAUGCGUGGCGUUCGAUGUUUAUCUCGGGCAGCAAACGUUUCUUCGAAUCGCGGGAGCAGAUCUGGCCCUGCCGUUUGAAUUUCGAAAAAGGAGCAACGGGACGGCCAGCCCUAGAGUGGGGAACUUCACUUUUCUUUCUUUUCACGUCCCGUAGCAGCCAUUUGCGGCCAGGACGGCAAGAUCGCCUCGCCUCGCGUGUUUAUUCGCUUCCUUCGCACACUUGUUGAUUAUUUAAUCAUUAAAAAUCUCCGAUUUCCGUUUUUCUUUGCGAUCCUUAGAUCUGCUGUGACUUGUGCGCCAUUUGCAAUUUGAAAUUGACUUCUUUACUGUUCCAGUGUUGAGCUUCAAUUCGGCGAUGGGAUUAGCAAAGUGCUUAAGAAGACACUCGAAGAUGCUCGCUGUUGAUGUAGCGACCUUGUUGAGUCUUGUUUAUUCGUGGAACAAGGGACACAAAUACACGGCGUCGACGAUUUCCCUGUGUUGCAUCGGUGGAAAUUAUUUGUACUCCUGGUGUAAGUCCCGGGAUAAAAUACGAGCGAAUCAGGCGAUCGUCGUGACUGGCUGCGAUUCAGGGUUGGGUUACAGUUUGGCCCUUCACUGUCGGCAACUGGGGGCGACCGUGAUCGCCGGCGUGCUGCGGAACGACGGUCUGGGGGCGAGAAACUUGAGGGAGGCGGACGCGUUCGUUUACCCCCUGAAUGUUACGGAACCUGUCAGCGUGAUUGAUUUCGCUGACUCCGUGCGAACGCUCCUGGCGCGGGAGAAUUUAGAGCUACGGUGCUUGGUCAAUAACGCCGCGGUGAUGAUCUUCGGCGAAUUCGAAUGGCAAACAGAGGAUCAGAUCAGGAGUCAAGUGGAAGUGAAUUUCCUUGGUACGAUGAGGAUCACUCGAGAACUGAUGCCGAUGAUCCGAGCGCACUCCAGCCGCAUUGUCGUUAUCUCGAGCCACUGUAACAUCCAGCCGAUCCCUGGAGUGGCCGCUUACAGCGGGACGAAGGCCGCGAUCGGCGCCUGGGCCACCGCCAUUAGGCUCGAACUCGAGAAGUAUGGCGUCAAGGUCGUUUCUUUUAUUCCUGGAUCUUUCUUCAGGGAGAGCAGUAUAUUGGCGCGGCAAGCGGAACACUUCGAGGCGAUGAGGAACUCGAUGACUGACGAGGCGAGGAACUUUUACGGUGAUUACUUCACCAGCUACUCGCGAUAUUUCGGGUCCGUGGCGCAGCCCGGGAACCUGGAGAAACUGACAGACCCGGGGAUCUACGAGGCCUUCGAGGGCGCUCUGCUCGAUAAACACCCGUCAACGGUCUACAAGCACGAGUCAUGGCGGUACUUCGUGUACCACGCGCUCUUCAAGAUCACGCCGACCUGCGUGCGCGACCUGUUGAUAAAGAAGUUCGUCCAGAUGCCGCCGUGGAGGAAGAAUGUUCCCUGCGAGCGACUUGCGGGGGGAAAUUCCGCUAAAAUGGAGGAAGAAGAGGAAGAAGCGUUGGAGAAGGAAAAUUCUGAGGCGAAUAAGGAGAAUCGGAGUUAGGGGAUGAAGCUGGAUUAACGAUAGAUACGGAGCUCGUCGAAUUGACGGACGCUGAAUCGUUUGACCCUUUGAACUCCGUAGGCUCGAAUAUUGCACCAGUUCUAAUAUUAAAUAUUUUAAUGAAUUUUAAGAGAACCUUACGAUGUUAUUGUCUGCAUUUAUAGGGUCCAAAUUAAAAGAAAAACUUUUGGAAAUGCAGUAUGAAAUGAAUUAAGUUUAGAAAUAAAGUUAAGUUAAGAAAUCUAGUAUAGAAAAUAAUAAUUUCUGAAUAUAGAAACUUUGACGAAACAAUGUUGAUAACAUUGGAUAUUACUAAAUAUUAUAUUUAAUAUUAGUUAAUUAAAUAUUAGAUAUUAGUGUUAAUGAUCUUUCGGUAAGAACGAUAGUUUUGUACUCUAUGGAUUGAAUAAAACAUUCUACAUU